AUGAAGGGACAGCGGCCCCUCGGUAUCGUCAUCAAGCUGGGGACAAGCUCCAUUGUCGAUGCCACCAGCCAUGAGCCGCUCCUGUCCACGCUCUCGCUGAUAGUUGAGACGGCCGUCCGGCUGCGCAAGGAUGGCCACCGCGUCGUCAUCGUGUCCUCUGGUGCCAUCGGUGUCGGCCUGCGCCGCAUGGACAUUGACAGCCGGCCGAAACACCUGGCCAAGCUGCAGGCCUUGGCUGCCAUCGGCCAGUGCCGCCUCAUGAGCCUCUGGGACUCGCUGUUUGCCCACCUGCAGCAGCCCAUCGCCCAGAUCCUCCUCACCCGGAGCGACAUAUCCGACCGAACCCAAUACCUGCGUGCGCAAAACACGUUUGCCGAGCUGUUCGACCUGGGCGUCAUCCCCAUCGUCAACGAAAACGACACGCUCGCGGUCGAGGAGAUCAAGUUUGGCGACAACGACACCCUGUCGGCCAUCACGGCCGCCAUGAUCCACGCCGACCUGCUUUUUCUCAUGACUGACGUCGACUGUCUGUACACCAAGAACCCGCGCCAGCACCCAGAUGCGGAGCCCAUUGAGAUUGUCCACGACAUCUCCACCCUGGAGGCGGAUAUCUCCACACCCGGUUCUGCCCUGGGGACAGGCGGCAUGUCGACCAAGAUUGUAGCUGCGCGCCUAGCCACUUCGGCUGGCGUGACCACCAUCAUCACGCGGUCGUCGACGCCGGGCAACCUGGUGCAGAUUCUGGCGCACGUCACCGGCGGUGCCUCAUCGCCAUCGCCAUCGUUGUCGUCGUCGUCGGCGUCGCCGGCGUCCGCCAAGGUCCCCCUGCACACGCGCUUCCUGCCGUGGCCCGAACCGAUCCGUGACCGCUCGUUCUGGAUCCUGCACGGGCUCAAGCCCCACGGCACCGUAUACAUUGACCAGGGCGCAAGCCAAGCACUGCUGGACCACGCCGGCCUGCUGCCCGUCGGCGUCGUCGACGUCGAAGGCCCGUUUGCCGAGGACGACGCCGUGCGGCUGGUCGUCGUCGACCGCCGUCUGUUGCCGCCUGUUGCCUCCCUUGCUGCCGGCAUCGAGGUCGGUCGCGCUCUCGUCAAGUACUCGUCCACCGAGAUCGCCCGGAUCAAGGGCCACCGCAGCGCCGACAUCGCCAGCAUCCUCGGCUACGUCACCAGCGAGUACAUCGCCCAGCGCGAACACAUCAGCAUGUUCCGCACCAAGGACAGCCGCCCGGCAUCGCCGGCCCUGCACUCGUCACCUCGCUACAAGGGCACUCUCGGCACCGCGUCCCCGCUGGCUGAGGGCCCGGUUCUCGGCGUCGUUGCUGGCCAGAAAACGGACGCAUGA